AUAUGAAUUCAUAUAUAUUUUUAAAAAUAACCAUCUCAUAGAAUUAUUAUUUUUAUUCAGGCAGCGUAUUGGGAAGGGAGCGAGCGCCUCAUCAUCUCUGUCGACCGAAGUGCAGCAUUAAAAUUGCACGAGACAGAAUGGAGCUAUAAGUAGAGGAAGUCACGUGGCCGCGAGCGCGCACUUCCUCCCAAAUAUAACAUGAAGAUGAUGGAGGAGGAGGAAAAUAAACCACGCACUUGGUAUCGGAAUCGUCGUAACCGUACGUAAUUAGGCGCCGCUUUCAAGGCCUCAGGACUGGCCAGAGACCAAUGCGCAUCAGCGUGCGCAUCUUUGAAUCUUCCUAACUACGCUGUGUGCAAGCUCUGUGUCACCCUCCCUCCCUCCCUCUGUUCAUCCUCCUCUGCAAUCCGACGAGGCUUCUCCGCCGCCGAGAGCCGCCGGCCGCUUCCACACCAUCCAUCGCCCCCUUUUUUCCCCUCCAAGGGAACCACCCAUCGGCUGUUUUAUUUUAUUCCACCCCCCCCCCCCCCCCCGCCCCUCUUUCCUUCGACAUCAAAUCGAGGAAUCUGCUGCCAUGCUGCGCGCGUCUCUUCACCUGCACCACCACCAUCAUUAUUAUUAUUAUUAUUAUUAUCAUUAGUCGAGCUUGUGAUCGACACAGGAUCAUCCAUUUCCCUGACCCGACCCCUUUGCAUAUAUUUUAUUUUUUGUCGGAGUGAGACUACGACGGGAUGCGUCCUGGUGCAGUGAUGCUGGUCCUGGUCCUUCUGGGCAACUUGAUGCCGCCCUUAGUGACUGCUCAAAACGCUGGGUUCGUGAAGUCGCCGAUGUCUGAGACUAAGCUUACGGGAGACACCUUUGAGCUGUACUGCGAUGUACUCGGUAAUCCCACCCCGGAGAUCCAGUGGUGGUAUUCUGAGAUCAACCGAGCAGACUCCUUCAAGCAGCUGUGGGACGGAGCCCGCAAGCGCAGAGUGUCCAUCAACACAGCGUACGGGGCCAAUGGUGUCAGUGUGUUGGGUAUCACACGCCUCACACUGGAAGACUCUGGGACCUACGAGUGCCGGGCAAGCAACGACCCCAGGCGAAACGACCUGCGACAAAACCCUGCCAUCACCUGGAUUCGGGCCCAGGCCACCAUUUCGGUGCUACAGAAACCAAAGAUCAAUGCCUCUGAUCAGGUUAUCCUGCCGGCGGACUCCCCUGGGGUACCAGUUACUCUACAUUGCAACCUCACCACUGCCCACACCCCGCACACGGAGAGCUUCUGGGUGAAGAAUGGACGGGAGAUUGCCAACACGCGGACCGAGCAGAGGAGCACAGCGUACAGAAUUGGUAAACCACGGGCAGACGAUUCUGGGGAAUACAUGUGUGUAUACACAUUUGAAAUGGCUCCAAAUGCAAAUGCUACAAUUGAAGUAAAAGCAAAACCUGUUAUCACCGGCCAUAAACGAAGUGAAAAUAAAAAUGAGGGGGAAAAUGCUAUGCUUUACUGCAAGUCAGUCGGGUAUCCACAUCCCACCUGGACAUGGCGUAAACUGGAAGGGACUUCCGCCACAGACAUUGACAACUCCACUGGACGCUUCUUCAUAACCAGUCGAGACAACUACACAGAGAUGAACAUCAUAAACUUGGAUAUAAAUACAGAUCCUGGGAAGUACGAGUGCAAUGCGACCAACGUUAUCGGGACCACCGCAGAAAUCACCAUUCUGCGGGUGAGAAGCCAUCUCGCACCGCUCUGGCCGUUCCUGGGAGUGCUCGCAGAAAUCAUCAUCCUCGUAGUAAUCAUCGUCGUAUAUGAGAAACGCAAGAGGCCAGAUGACAUUAUUGAUGAUGAUGAGCCAGUUGGACCAAUGAAAACCAUUUCUACAAACAACCACAAAGACAAAAACGUCCGCCAAAGGAACACGAAAUAAGAUGGUAAAACUGCAGUUUUUUGGCUACACAGUGGCAUCUGAGUUGCAGGCUAUCUUGAGGGAGAAAAAAAUGAAUAAAAGCAUAUCUUGUCUCUUUUUACAAGAAACAAUAUCAGCAUAACACUGGCAACAAAGAGCAAGCGGAGGUGGGAGUCUUAAAGCAUGCCUUGUCGCUUGGAGAGGUCAGGAUGACGAAUAGUGACUACAUAUCACCUAAGAGGUGUACACAAUUUUUUUUUUCCUGAUGUGAUGUUGAUGUCUCCUUAAAUUAUUUCAAUCAUGGCCCUGAGAUGAGCUGACCCCCACUUUCCUUUUGUAUGACAUAUCAUGUAAAUGCAUGCAAAAUAAUUACGCAAUAGGGUACUCAGAAUAGACAUCUUCUGUUGUUAUCCCUCGUGUGGCUUUUGUUUUGCAUCCCAAAAGGUUUUUUAUAGUCAUCCUGAGAUAUAUAUAUAUAUAUUCCUCUUGAACAUUUGUACAGCAUAUCAUGGUCAUUUGAUGUUUGAUUUUGUGACGACAAGUCCAUUUUUAAUUGAACUUUUAUUGUGAAGCAAGGGCUUCAGUGACUGGCAGUAUUCAAAAUGUAAUGGCGAGUGAAAACAGAUAAUGAAUAAUGUGUGUUUAACUAACUAAAUAUCAAUGGUAUAUGUAUUACUUUAAUUUCCUUUUGAGAGUAACUUAGAUUGUCUUGUAUAUGUUGCAGUAUGAGUGUUCAAAUGAUAGGAAAUCUGUAAAAAAAAAAAAGAUAUUUUUUUUAACAUUUCCUAAUUUAAUUAAUAAUUUUUAUCUUGUAUUUUUUUUGACUGUAUAGCAUGGCUAUAAUCCUAUGCAAAAUGUAUUCUUGAAUAGAUUAAAUGGAGGGCAGUUUGUUUUAAUCAGUCAAGCUUUAAUAUCAUGGGAUCCCUUGGAAGCUGGCAUAGCGACAUUUACUGCUGUAGCUGCAUGACUCCUCCUUUCAAUACAAUGUACUGAUGAUGUGUGUUGCGGUGGAAAACGGACCUGCGUUGAUGUGAGAACAGAGGGACCAGAGUAUAUAGCCACGAUCAAACAUAUGAAUAAGACCAAUAUUUUUUUCUGAAUAAAAAAAUUCAAAAAUGAA